AUGAGUAAAGUAUCUAAACCCAAAAGGGAGGGUAAAUUACUCGAAAACAUCGACGAUGACGUGAUGUUAAUCAACAAGUUGAAACAAGAAGUAGUCAAGAAAUCUGACACUAAAAUAGAGACAGAAGAAUUCCCUGAUGGGGAAGAAACAGCAAAUGAUGAUUGUACUGAUAAAGAUGAUUGGAAGAAAGAUUCUGGAUUUUACGAUGGCAUAGACCCCAAGGCGUUCAGACAGUAUGAAUUAGCAUGUGAUAGAGUCAAGGAUUUCUAUGAAGAACAGCACACAAAACAAACUGUUGCAUAUAAUAUUCAAGCUCGUAUAAAUUUCAAAACAAGAGUACGAGCUAAAAUGACUAUCUGGGAAGGUUUGGAGAAAUUGAACAAACUUUUAGAUGAGAGUGAUCCCGACACAGAAUUAUCACAAAUAGAUCAUGCAUUACAAACAGCUGAAGCUAUAAGGAGAGACGGGAAACCUCGAUGGUUUCAAUUAGUGGGGUUGAUUCAUGAUUUAGGUAAAUUACUUUAUUUCUUCGAUUCUAAAGGACAAUGGGAUGUGGUUGGGGAUACCUUUCCUGUAGGAUGUAAAUACCUGGCAAAGAUCAUCUUCCCUGGUAGUUUCCAGAAAAAUCCUGACCUCAAGAAUCCUUUAUAUAACACCAAAUAUGGGAUUUAUCAAAAACAUUGUGGAUUGGAUAAAGUUAUGUUAAGUUGGGGUCAUGACGAGUAUAUGUAUCAUAUUGCUAAAUUGAAUUCAACAUUGCCUCAAGAAGCAUUAGCGAUGAUUAGAUAUCACUCAUUCUAUCCAUGGCAUCAAGAAGGUGCUUAUACUUAUUUAAUGGACGAACACGAUAAAAUGAUGUUGGAAGCCGUAAGAGCUUUCAACAAAUAUGACUUAUAUUCAAAAAUCGAUGAGAAUUACAAUGUCGAUGAUUUAAAGAAAUAUUACCUUGAAUUGAUUGACGAAUACUUCCCUGAGAAGGUUAUCGAUUUUUGA